AUGCACCUCCUCUCUCUUACUCUCCUGGUCGCCUCGUCGCUCGCAGCAAACACGGCGCAAUGGAAACCCAGAGCCAUCUAUCAGACCAUGACGGAUCGGUUCGCCCGCACUGAUGGGUCGACGACGUCGCCAUGCGAUCCGCGCGAGAACCUCUUUUGCGGUGGGUCAUGGCGAGGAACGAUUAACCAUCUGGAUUACAUCCAGGGGAUGGGCUUUGAUGCUAUCAUGAUCUCGCCGGUCAUUAAGAAUGUGGAGGGCCGGGUGUGGUACGGCGAAGCCUACCACGGAUAUUGGCCGCAGGACAUCAACAGCCUCAACCCGCAUUUCGGCACGCAGCAGGAUCUGCUGGACCUGAGUGCAGAAGUGCAUAAGCGAGGCAUGUUCCUCAUGAUGGACACGGUCAUCAACAACAUGGCCUACAUCACGAACGGCAGCGACCCGGCCACCCAUAUCGACUACUCGACGCUGACGCCGUUCGACAGCUCCAGCUACUACCACCCCUACUGUAAAAUCAUCAACUGGAAUAAUUUCACCGAAGCGCAACUGUGUCAGACUGGUGAUGAAUUUGUGGCGCUGCCCGAUCUCUUCACCGAACAUGAUGAGGUCCAGAGCAUGCUUGAGAAGUGGGCGCAAGACAUGAUAUCAACCUACUCGAUUGACGGACUGCGCAUCGACGCGGCCAAGCACGUCAACACGGGCUUCCUGGCCAACUUCGGCAAGGCCCUCAACAACACCUUCAUGACCGGGGAGGUGUACCAGAAAGAAGUGGACAUCAUCUGCGACUACAAGAACAACUACAUCACCAGCGUUCCCAACUUCCCUGUCUACUAUUCCGCACUGAAGACCUUCACCGACGGCAACACGAGUGCCCUGGCAAACACAGUAGAAGUGAUGAAGAACAGCUGUAACGACGUCACAUCCAUGACCACCUUCAUUGAGAGCCACGACGUAAGCCGUUUUGCCAAUUUCACCGAAGACAUGGCGCUCGCAAAGAACGCGCUCACGUUCAACAUUCUCUUUGACGGCAUCCCGAUCGUGUACCAGGGGCAGGAGCAGCACUUUCACGGAAACUAUAACAACAACAACAGCAACCGCGAAGCCGUCUGGCUGUCCGGGUACAACACCGACGCCGAGCUGUACAAGCUGGCCGGCAAACUCAACCGGAUCCGCAAACACGCAUACAACCUGGACAACGGCUAUGUCGAUAUACAGUCCUACCCGAUCUACCAGAGCGACCGCGAGCUCGCCUUCCGCAAGGGCGUCGAGGGCCGCCAGACCAUCAUGCUCCUCACCGCGCAGGGCUCCAACAGCAAUUUUUUCAACAUGACCAUGCCCGUAAGCUAUAACCCCGGCGUAGUGGCGAUGGAUGUCCUCAACUGCGUCAACUACACCGUUGACGGGGCCGGCCAGCUCACCGUCUCCAUGGACAAGGGCGAGCCCCGCGUUUUCUUCCCCGCGAACCUCAUGGCCGGCAGUGGACUGUGCGGCUACGCCGAGUCCAACAUCAGCUAUGUACAGCUGAAGACGGGCAAGCCGGCAGCGUCGGUAUCGUCCGGUUCUGCAGGUGUGUUGUCGAUGGUGACGGCGGGGACGCCUCUGACGAUCCUGUUCUCUGUUUUUGUGUCAAUAGUCACUGGGUUGGGGUUCUUGGGAUGA